AAGGCAACAGGGAAAAGAGCAGUCAGUUUUUUCAGGAUUGAGGCAAGAAGCACUUAGCUUAGCUGUGUAGGCGCAGUGUUUAGAGUGCGGGACACUCAGCUGGUUGUUUUGCCACCCUCUAUUCAUCUACCUCACACAAUUGGCUAGUAAAUCAGUAUAUCUACACCCCCUCUUCUUUGUAUGUAACAAAAGGAAAUAUCAGGAAGUUCUUUUUAUUGCAUAUCCCUUCAACACCUGCACUUGUUUUGGGCGCUUGACGGAAAAGCGGUGUGUGCAGAGAGGGAGCAGGCAAUCGGAGAGAGAUCCUAACCGGCAGAAGAUGCACACCACCCAGAAGGACACUACCUACACCAAGAUCUUUGUAGGGGGGCUUCCCUAUCACACCACGGACUCCAGCCUCAGAAAAUAUUUUGAGGUGUACGGGGAUAUCGAGGAGGCCGUGGUUAUCACGGACAGACAGACUGGCAAAUCCAGGGGUUAUGGCUUUGUUACAAUGUCGGACAGAGCUGCUGCUGAAAGGGCUUGCAAAGAUCCCAAUCCAAUUAUCGAUGGCAGGAAAGCCAAUGUAAACCUUGCAUACCUGGGAGCAAAGCCACGCAUAAUGCAACCAGGAUUUGCAUUUGGUGUUCAGCAGAUUCACCCAGCACUAAUACAAAGGCCUUUUGGAAUUCCAGCUCAUUAUGUUUACCCUCAUGCUUAUUUGCAACCAGGAGUUGUAAUACCACAUGUUCAACAAACUGCUGCUGCCGCCGCAUCCACAAGUCCUUACAUUGACUACACUGGUGCUGCCUAUGCACAGUAUUCUGCCGCCGCCGCUGCUGCUGCUGCCGCCUAUGAUCAAUACCCAUAUGCAGCAUCCCCAGCUGCAACUGGAUAUGUCACCGCCGCAGGUUAUGGUUAUGCAGUUCAACAGCCACUCACUGCUGCAGCACCAGGGACAGCUGCCGCCGCAGCUUUUGGCCAAUACCAGCCACAGCAACUGCAGGCUGAUCGCAUGCAGUAGCACUUAAAGACUUCUAAAGAAAUUAUCAGUUCUAUUUUUUUGUUUUUUGUUUUCAGCCUUCCAGUUUCAAUAGAUGAGACUAUAUUAAGUCAAGCUAAACUGCUUUAAGGAAGAAAAAAAAAAGCUAUGCUUUUGAAGAGCAAAAAUAACUUUAUUCCAGUGUCUCUCUGCAGUAUGCAUCAGCCCUAAUAGGAGAGAGGGUGUAAGCGUUAAUUAAGAAGAAAAUAUGGUUUACUGUCAAGUGAUAACUGCAUUCAUAAACUAUACACCAAGUUUUUUACAUCAGGGAAAUAAACUGCCUUUUUAUUAGAUGGGGAAAAUCUUGUUUCCCCACUUAUUAUAAUUUUUUUUUUUCUCUUAAUUUUUACAAAAUAUUUAAGCCAGGGAUAUAUCAAUCAGCAAUAUGUAGCUUGUACAAAGUAAAGCAUUUAAAGCACAGAUUGUAUCUUCUCACUUCGGCUUAUUGAAUAUUUCAUACGUGAGAAUGAUCAUCGAAAUGUUGGAGGCACAUGGACCUGCUGGUCACAUGACAGUUACUUUCUCAUCUGUCCUCUAAUUGAGCGACACUAUGGAGCAAGUGAUGUGGAAUGAACAAGUGCAACAGUUUUUUUUUUUUUACAGACAAUCAAUAACACAGACACUUCUGGAACGAACACAUCACUCAUGCUUAUUUGAUGAGCUUGUCACAUUGUAAUCCCUCUAUCCAUCCUGUUUCGCUUUUGGGAAACUUUAAAUGCUGGUGUCAGCUAUUCUGAUUCUGAAAUGGGAUCAGCCAUUUACUUCAACAGCCUAUUUUAUUAUGCCUAUUCAUAGCCUGUGAGUAAAGACAGGAAGAAGCUUUGAGUUUAACCCUUCAAGAACUGCUGAACAACUUGAAGAAAAAUACUUUACCUUUCUGGGCUGUAGAUAUAUAUAUCAUGUAGAUUUGAUUAUUAUUAUAUAUAAUUUUUUUUUUUUUUUUAAGUAUUUAAAGUAUUACAAGUAUGUGGUACAAAUUUAAGUUGCGGUUCUUUAAGGGUUAACUUAAAUUGAUUUGUACUGUGCCUUAACUGUAAUGACAUUGAAAAAAAAAAUAUUUAUUUUGGAAGUUUUACUACACUGUGCUCUAAAGAAGGGAACUUUAGAUGCGACGCUGUAAGAUUAUGUAUUCAUCUCAUGGUAUAAAUUAUUUAAAUAAGUUUAGAUUUAGUAAAUUAAAUAUUAAUCUAUUCAACUAAAAUGUUGACUUGGAUUUAUUUAAAUUCUUUAUGUGCACUGUAAGGAUAUUCUUUCCUUAACUAAAAUUUUACUAUUAGAUUCAUGUUUUCUUUUCCUUUAUUUCUUUUUUCCCUUUUUUUUUUCAAUGAAGUCUUUUUAACACUUUGGCUGUUGAGGGGGCUGCAGCACAUUGCUUAGCAAUAUGUGCAGCCUUUACUCACUGCUGAGGAGUUAAUAUAGUAUAUACAUUUCAUUUGUACGUAGGAUAACUUCUAAAAAAAAAUUCCUUUAUUAGAAAAGUGCUGCUUUAUGCAAUGACUUGUAAAACUGCAAUUUUUAUUCUUGACUUAAAAGUUGAAUAUUUUACACUGUAAUAGGUUUUUAUACUUGAACAAUUUCAUACAAGGGAAGAAAAGACAGCAUUUUUACAGACAUUUGUCUAAAUGUCACUGGAUUUAUUUUUAAGUAUUCUGAAUACUAGCCAGUGUUAUGUAAUCAGACAUGAAUCUCCAUACAUAUUAUUUAUUCUAUAUAUAUAUAUUACUUUAAAACAUUUAAGAUCUCUUCUGUUCACUUGUAUUAAAUAUAAUAAAAAAUAUCUUAUUGUCA